UAAUUAGCGGCGGGGAUGUUGCCUCUCUCUUCCCUCAGAUGGCGGCCGCAAACGCCCACUGGAGCUCGCAACGCCGAGCGCGUCUGGUUCCUGCGCUUCUCCACUGUUAAUGAAAGACCGGCCCCGGUUCUAAAUCAGGGACGAAAAAGAACAGCAUCACAAGAAUCUAGAAUUGAUACUACUCCCAAAAUGGGUCCACGGCAACAAACUAUUACAUCGGCUUUCGAUCGUCCUUUUUCAUACGGAGCUGGCGGUACCAAAGGAAAAGAAAUAACAACUUGUGUCAUGUACAUGGUGUGUACGGAUAACAUGCCUCUUUGUACAGUAGACAAGAAAGGAUUUCGUCAACUAAUGAAAACUGUAUGCCCACUAUAUAAAGUGCCGCACGAGACACAGUUUCGCGAGAUCCUGAAAAAUAAAUUUAUAAAAAGCAAAGAAAUUGUCAGAAACCGCCUCCGAUCGAUCACAAGCAUCUGUCUAACGACAGAUGUUUGGACCGAAAUGUUAAACGUCAGAAGCUACUUGGGGAUCACAGGGCAUUUUAUUCAUGAUUCUCAACUACACUCCGUUUUGCUAGGAGUUGUUGAAUGCAAACAAUCGAAAACAUCAGAAUACAUUGCGAAUCUGUUGCGGGUUUGCUGCAACGAUUGGGGUAUUAAAAACGAAACAAUUUCUUGUGUAACGACCGAUCUCGGUGCAAACAUACUAGGGGCAGUAAGAAUGGAGUACGGUGAACGACGCCAUGUACCGUGCUUCGCCCACACAAUCAACUUGAUCGCAAGCAAAGCAGUCCCCUUGUACAAAGAAGCAUACGCAGCUCGGAUGGAGCCGGUCAUAGAAGAGGAUAACGACGAUGAGCUGGAUGGUGUUGAGGAUCAUUGUACGAUAGAGGUUUCCAUUACACCAGAGAAAAAUAUGAUAUAUAUAAUCAAGAAGAUGAAAACAAUAAUCAAGUUCUUCAAAGCAAGUGAAACAGCCACCAGAGAACUGAGAAAACUGCAGUUGGCCGAUAAUAAAAAGGAAGGACAAUGUCUAGGACUAGUGUUGGAUGUCCGAACACGAUGGAAUUCGAUUAUGGCAAUGAUAGAAAGAUUCCUGGUAAUGGCACACUAUAUUUCAAGGGUACUGCUCGUUGUUCCUAAAACACCAACUAUGUUAACAGCAGAUGAGUUGUCAAUUUUGAAGGAAAUCUGCAAAGUUCUCCACCCAUUGGAAACAGUAACUACCGAAAUGUCAGCUGAAAAGUACGUGACGAUCAGUAAAAUUAUCCCAUUGGUUCGGUUGCUAAAAAUCGUAAGUGUUUUUUGUAUAAUAAGCAUCAGAGUAUUUAAUAUGUUUUGUCGUUUCAUAAUAUCUUUUUUUCGCGUUAGUAUUCCAUUUUUGUCCCUCUAUUACGUUAUCCGCGAUUUUUGUUAUCCGAGGUUACGUUGCCAGACUAUUCCGCGGACAAUCGGGGUUCUACUCUAUUAUGUUUUUCUAUUUAACUUUCAACGGGAAUUUAACGAAUAUAUAGUUAGAAACCUAUUUAAUUCAAUUUAUGGUUAUUUCUCUGAACUUCAAUACACUUGCCCAAACAAUCUUCUAGUUUAUGGACUCCAUGCCUGAAGUGAGAUUUGAGAACUGCCAGAAGUCGGAGGUUUUUAAUAUAAGUUUUACUGAUUCUCACGAUUUUUGGUGUAUUUCUGAACAAUCACUCACUUCGUUACUCAAAUUUGUUCAAGAAGACGUAGUAACAUUUUAGAAAACAUAUCGUUGAACCUAAUCUAAUCGAACGACAUAGCCUAUUGAACAACUUUUUAGUUCAUCGAUAAUUUUUCACAUUUUUUUUAAAAUAAUAACUCUGCCUGACUGGUUCAACGGUUCCUUUCGAGUAAUAACAAUAUUUUUCAUCAAUUUCAGAGCUAUACAAGUAUGCAGCUUGAUUCUGCUGAAGCUAUGUCUGUAAAAAACAGCAUUAUGCUGCACAUCAUGAAAUAUUUCAAUGAUGUAGGAAAAAGAAAACUUUUCGCGGUCGCAACGCUUCUUGAUCCCCGAUUCAAGAAAAUACAUUUUGAAAGUCCUCUCACGGUGGCCCCCGCUAUUUCAUGGGUUGGGGAACUUGUCAGAACAGCUGCGGAAGAGUCACCUGAAUUCGAAUACGAUCUUCGGAUAUCAGGAGAGCCAGAAACAAACACCACUACCGACGACUUGUGGGCGAUUCAUGAUUCCAUGGUAGCUGAAAGCAAUCGCGUGCAUGGAGAUGACAGCGCCGGAGGAAUUCCCAUUGAACUGAGGCAGUAUUUAAAUACUACAGUCGCUCCGAGGACCU